GCGAACAUGGCAGCAGAAUGAGAAGGCUGGGGCCGGGUCGUGGCUGCUGCCGCCGCCGCGCUGCAGCUCGAAAUCCGCGCCCGGCGCCCUCCGAGCCGCAUGCUUAGCUGGCCUCCUGGUGGCCGCUGGAUUAUUUCAUUGGGAGCAGAGAGCGGGGAGAAAGGGGACCCUGCCGCCGAGCCGGUCCGUGCUCUGGCACGGUGUAGAGGCUUGUGCGUACGAGUCGCCGGCUGCGGAAACGACGCGGGAGAGAGCCGGUCCUGGGCUGCGGCGGCGCGGGCGCGGGGAUGAGCCGGCCAUGGAGCCGCCUCGGCUGGGCGCACGGAGCCGGCCGGCGCUGCGCCGGGGGCGCCGCCUGAGCCGGGGCUCCGCGGGGCUUUGGGGCCUCGGGCGCCCUGGGGGGAUCCCUUCCGCCGCCUCUGGGAAGGACGGGAGCCCCGCGUGGCGGACACUGCAGCAGUCACCGUUCUGAGGCGCCCCGAGCCUGCUCCGCCUGCAGCUCGGUGCGCUCUCGGCACCCGGGCGUCUUGCCCGGUGCACGGCGGCUGGCGCACCGCGGCGAGCCGGGUGCAGGGCUGGCUAGAGGGGUGUGUGUGCGCGUGUUCGACUGGAGAUCCGAGCUAAAGCAGAACCAGGCGGACCUGAGCAGCCAUGCUUCCCGGGGUGGGCGUGUUCGGCACCAGCCUCACGGCCCGUGUCAUCAUCCCGCUGCUGAAAGACGAGGGCUUCGCGGUGAAGGCGCUGUGGGGCCGUACGCAGGAAGAAGCGGAGGAGCUGGCCAAGGAGAUGAGCGUCCCCUUCUACACCAGCCGCAUUGACGAGGUGCUGUUGCACCAGGACGUGGACUUGGUGUGCAUCAACCUGCCGCCGCCCCUCACCAGGCAGAUCGCUGUCAAAACCCUGGGCAUCGGCAAGAACGUCAUCUGCGACCGCACGGCCACGCCGCUGGACGCCUUCCGCAUGAUGUCUGCCGCCCACUACUACCCGAAGCUCAUGAGCAUCAUGGGCAACGUGCUGCGCUUCCUGCCGGCCUUCGUGCGCAUGAAGCAGCUCAUCGAGGAGGGCUACGUGGGCGAGCUGCUGGUGUGCGAGGUGCAGGUGCACAGCGGCAGCCUGCUGGGCAAGAAGUACAACUGGAGCUGUGACGACCUGAUGGGCGGCGGCGGCCUGCACUCGGUGGGCACCUACAUCAUCGACCUGCUCACCUUCCUCACCGGCCAGAAGGCCGUCAAGGUCCACGGGCUGCUCAAGACCUUCGUGAAGCAGACUGACCACAUCAAGGGCAUCCGCCAGAUCACCAGCGACGACUUCUGCACCUUCCAGAUGGUGCUGGAGGGCGGGGUGUGCUGCACGGUCACCCUCAACUUCAACGUGCCCGGUGAGUUCAAGCAGGACGUGACCGUGGUGGGCUCGGCUGGGCGCCUGCUGGCGGUGGGCACGGACCUGUACGGGCAGCGCAACAGCGCCCCGGAGCAGGAGCUGCUGCUGCAGGAUGCCACGCCCAUCAGCAACUCCCUGCUGCCCGAGAAGGCCUUCAGCGACAUCCCCUCGCCGUACCUGCGCGGCACCAUCAAGAUGAUGCAGGCCGUGCGCCAGGCCUUCCAGGACCAGGAUGACCGGCGCACGUGGGAUGGACGGCCGCUCACCAUGGCCGCCACCUUCGACGACUGCCUGUACGCCCUGUGCGUGGUGGACACCAUCAAGAGGUCCAGCCAGACGGGCGAGUGGCAGAACAUUGCCAUCAUGACGGAGGAGCCGGAGCUGAGCCCCGCCUACCUGAUCAGCGAGGCCAUGAGGCGGAGCAGGAUGUCCUUGUACUGUUAGCAUGGACCGGGCACCUAGGGGGACUUAGGCCUUCUGUGUGGGGCGCAGAGAGGGGGAAAUGCAUGGAAAAGAGAUGGCCUAGAGGAGUGUGGGGGUGGGGAAGUGGAGAGGCAGUAUGAGGAAAUGGCAUCUGGGAAGGCAAACCCCAGCCCAGGUGAGGGCCCCCAAACAAGACUGUUGGGGGGCUGAGCUAAUAGCCUGGGAAUAUUCAGAGGGCCUGCCAUUCCUGAGGUCAUUCCUGCUGGGCAUUUGCGUGAGAUGGAGAAGGUGUAAGUGCCUCUGCUGCCCUUUCCUGUGAGAAGCCAGUUGGGGUUGCUUUCCUCUGCACCUCAUCCACUCCCCACAUCUUGGCCUCCUUUGCAAGCCAAAUGCUCCUGCAAGGUCAAGGCACUGUAUCCAAUGGCAAGCUAGUUGGUGCCGGCUUCCCUGACACCCACUACUGGCAGGAGAAGGCGCGUCUUCACAUGUCCACACAAGCCAGUUAGUCCGAGGUGGGGUGGGGGUGCAGUGGGCUAAUGUGAAAGUUCAAAUUCCAGGAAGCCACUUAAAGUGUUUGAAGGAACGAGUACUCAGUAGCAGAGUGUACAGCUUUCUUGAUUGAUUGGUCUUCCUCAUAGGAAGCAGGAGGGAGUGUCUUCCUAAUUGGUUCAUUGCCCUUCACCUGGCCUCAGGUGGGGUGAGGAAGUGCCAGGAACAGCAAGCAGAGAAACGGGUUCCCUUAAGCAAAAAGGAGAGAGCAAGAGCACAUACUGCAUUGAAUCAGAUGAGGCAGAGAAAAAAAUACCCCUUUGAAUCUGUCAACAAUUAAAAACCUGCAAGGAGCCCCGUUAUAACACUAUUUCCAGCAGAGUGGAUUUGAGUGUGAGAGGGAUUUAGUACUGCAGUGUUGAGGUUGUCCUUUCACAUGGCUCCCUAGGCAGGGCCAAGGAGACAGCAGGAGGUGUGGGUGUGACCAGACACUCAGAUGCUGGCCUCAAGGACUGGGGGCAGCUUCGGGCCCCAGGGUUGCAGUGGGAAUUCCCCAGCAGAAGGGGAAGGGAGCCAGCCCUGGUCUUGCUUUGGGUUCGAACACCCAUCUCUCCUACCACGCUGCAGAAGGGCUUUUAGGAGAUUCACGCAGCUUUGGGGAUUUAAAAAGGGAAGCCUAGAUAUAAUCAUCUUCCCUUUAAAAAAAGUCAAGGCUCUUUUCCUUAGCUUUGACCUUUGCUUUCAUGAUUCUGACACUUGAAAAUUUUUAAAUAAGUAUUAACCAAACGGACAACA